ACUCUCCAACCCUCGGGUUGCCAGUAGAUGCAAAAGAUUCAUGUGGAUUGACACCAUUAAUGUGUGCUGUAGGUGUUCCUUUUGCCCAAGGAGUUGAUGUGUGUCGGUUGCUUGCACGUCGUAAAGAGAUGUCGAUUACGGCAAGAAAUCGUGAUGGACUAUCGGCAAUCCAUCUUGCAGCCAUCGCUAAUAAUCUUCCUGUAUUAAAACUAUUUGCAGAAGAGAUGGGUAAAAACGUUGAGGUAUUUGAUAACGAAAAUCGCACCCCACUUCAUUACGCCGCCGAGCAAGGUCAUUACGAGAUUGUACAAUUGUUAUUAGCUUGCGGAGCCAGAAGCACUACUAGUAUUAUUACUUUAAUCUGUUGCCGUAAAACUAGAGCUAGUGAUAAAGAAGAACUCGAAAAUAAUGAAGAGGCAUGUUGCAGUGAUAAGUACGAUGCCAGUCCAGCUCAUUAUGCCGCACAGUUUAGCGAAAUCAAAGACCGAGAAAACCGCUCAUGCCUCAUGUGGGCGGUGUGCGCAGGAAAUGUUGAGGUCAUUGAGUAUCUCGUCAGGAAAACAUCACCUGAUCGUCAGGCUAGGGUAAAGCAGCUUUUUCUGCAAUAAAA